GUUUGAAUUUCGUGACAUUAAAAUGUUAGAGCGGAAAUGCCGGGAAAGUUAUUGUUAUGUUAUUCGUUAUUCGGUUAUUCGAUGCGAUUCGAUUUGUGAUUUGUUAUUAAUGUCAAACCAAUUAAGUGAAUCGGAAAAAUUCCAGUGUUGAUAACAAAAACAACAACAACAAGAAACAAUUACAACAAAUAUAAAUCAAAUCAUCUGUGUUACGUUGUCCGUACGUGUGUUUUAUGUUUGUGGCGCGUUUUUAUGUCUCUAUGUUCCGUUUGUUUUUUGACAUCAACUAAAAAAAAAAUAAAAAAAAAAUCUGACCCCCCAACAAGCCGGAACGCAAAUACCCUAAAAAUAACAACAACAACAAUCUAGUGUCACUGUAGUGAGAACCAGUGUUUUUUCGCAAACAGUUUUAAUUGAGAUAAACAAACAAACAACAACAAAAGAAAACUAGGUAUUAAAAUUUUGUUUCAAUGCUUUGUGGUGUUGACCUUUCGACCACCACAAGAGUGAAUAAAAAGAAGAAAAUCCAUUUUAAAUGGAGGAGCCCCACUACUGUCAUUGUCUUGUAACUGAAUGUUGAGUGUGAAAAAAAAGAAGUGCAAAACGUCCAUAGUUCAUUGUUUGUGUUACUUAGAAUCUUAACUUAAUUACCACCAGACGACAGACAUUUAGCACCAAAAUGACCACAGAAAUCCAAGAAAAUUUUGGCGAUCCCAUCAAGCCGCAGCAACAAAGCAACAUAAGUCAGAAUGGCAAAGAUCAAACCGUAGAUGAAGGUGGAGGAGGCGAAUUAGAAGCUGGCAAAUAUCCUCCUUCCACUUUCGUCACUCCCGAGCAGAAUCAGCAAAUGCUUAACACCACUACAAAUGACGCAGGCGCUCAUGAAUGCUCAAGCAGCAACAACAACAACAAUAAUAAUGACUCUAAAAUAAUGAAUUGCUCCUCCAACAGCAGCAGCAGCAACAAUCUAGCAGCCAAAGUUAUCUAUGGCAGCCGCAGCAAUGGCAACAUUAAAUGCCCAAAAUUAUUGCAAACUUCAGAUGGUGAAGAGGGUUUCCUUUCCACCUCCCCGGAUAGCGCCAACGAAGAGCUGUUGCUUUCCAAAAGUGGUGGUGAACUUGAGCCAAAUGAAAUCACCACCAACAGCAACACCAAAAAUCAGCUGGGCAUCUGCUCUGUUUCUACACUUCCCCUACCCCCGCCCUCUAUAUACAAUUGCAGCAAUCCCAAGGACUGUGUCAAUGUCAAGAAUAUUUUGGAAUCUUUUAAGGCUCCCCUCUCCGAGGAGCAGGCCUGGGCUUUGCUAUAUCAGUUUAUAUCGCUGUAUAGGCGGGUGGCGGCCAGCGUCAAACGUUAUGUUUUCAAUGAAUUGGAAAUACCCGAAUGCAUGGACAAUAUGAGUUUGCAUCGUGAUGGCAGUGUACAUUGCAGCUGGAGUGAGUUGGAGCGCAACAAACGUCAGCAGGCAAUACAGCAGCGUGAACAGGCCCAAGAGGCAGAUCAAAGUGGUGACUUCAAUCAUGCCCAGCAUAUUGCAUCCCAUAAAAAGGUUCUUCGCAAGAUUGCAGUUGUCGUUUAUAAUGCAUUGGACUACAAUUUACACGAAGAUGAGCAAUGUCAAAUGUCCCAAGAGUUGGAGGAACUUAUUACCCAUAUGACAGUGGAUGAUGAUGAAACCGACGAUGAGUGCAUUGAUGACUGCAUCGAUGAAGGCAUUGACGAGGGAUAUAAACGUUGGGAUGAUGACCACGAUGAAACCAAAGAAUUCGAUUUUGUCUUAGAGGCCUGCAAGAAUCACAUAAAACCUACAGUACCUGAAGAGCACUAUAAAGCGGUGUGUCGAGCUUUAGUAACCGAAACCUUAGAAUUGCGAAUAUUUUUACAACAAGUUUUAAAUAAUGGUGCUGAUAAUUUACAUUUGAAAGCCGAUUCCCAAGCUUCACAGCAGGAAUUGGCCAAAUUUGACUUCAACGAUUGGCAAGAGUUACAAAUAUGGAGGGCCAUACAAGCACGAUUUUGGGUGCAAGUCAUUGACGAACUGAGACGAGGUGUGCGGUUAAAGAAGGCCAAUUAUGAGAGGGCCCCCAUCGAAUAUGAAUUAACACCCUAUGAAAUACUCAUGGAGGAUAUAAGGUCAAGAAAAUAUCAAUUGCGCAAGGUUAUGGUAAACGGUGAUAUUCCGCCACGCGUGAAAAAAGAUGCGCAUGCGCUGAUUUUAGACUUUAUUCGGUCAAGGCCGCCUCUCAAGAAGGCAUCUGAACGUCAACUCCCACCUCCAAUUAAGCGUACCCCCUCGCCACGUGAACAGCUCAUGGAUUCAAUACGCAAGGGACGUACACUAAAGCACAUACCAUCACCCACAUUACCCCGCCUUAAAGAUCGUUUGCUUCCACCUUCUACCACAACAUCAUUGUCAUCGGCAGCGGUGGCAGCAUCCAACCAACAUAAAUCGCGAGACUCAUUAAAGCAGCUCCAGGAGAUGAACGAGGUUACCCAUUCCACGCCACGUUCAAAGCAGCGUCUAAUCAAAGUGGAUUUCUCAUUGUUGCAGGACGACGAUACUUGUUUCGAUGAGACCUCAUUGGCCUCCACAACCUCAUCAGCGUCGACGACUGUUGGCCAGCAUGGACAUGGCCAGCACCACAACCACAGCGUCAACAUAGGUGUGUGUUCACAGCCAAAAAUGCCUCCAUAUCCCAUUGGUGGCUAUAUGGUGGUGAAUGAUGCCACCUCAGUAAUGAGUGCAGCGGCGACGACGGGUAAAGGACCUACAACAUCCAACACCAAUGCUAGCAACAUUAGCAAUACGACCACAACACAAGUGCCCACAACGACACGUGUUACGCGUCGCACAACAAAAACUGAGGAUCCCUAUACAAAGGAUGAUUAUCAUAGAUUCUUUGACAACGCCUUAGAAUCCUAUGAUCUGGCCACACAAUGUGAGUCUCGCCGAGCAUCGCAGCGUAGACAUACCAUAGUCGGUUGCCAAAGUAAUGUGGACGAGACGCAUUCGAUGCCUCCCUCAAGGCCAGAAUCGCGGCAGUCGGAUAAACACAACAUCAAUGUUGGAGGUGAUUCUGUGAGCACAGCCAAACAGCUUCACAAUGAUUAUAACCAACAACAGGAAACUCAAAGCCACCCCACAAACCAUCAGCAGCCACAGCAGCUAAAGAGACCCCAAAGCCCCGACAAUGAGGACAGUUGUACUGAGAGUCGUUCGUCAUCCUCGUUAGGCCCGUGGAACAAAUCAUUUAUGGAUGAAAAGACCUGGAACGAACGUGGUGACGAUCGUCUCUCGCUAACGCUUGAGGAAAUUGUCCACAUUCGUUCGGUUAUGACCAAGGCCGAAUUGGAAGGUCUUCCCGUUGGUAUACGUGUCAAGGAGGAUGUCGAAAAGCGUAAAAUCUGUUUUCUUUGCCUGCGUACACGAUUCUCAAUAUUCGGUCCUUGGGGUAUACAGUGUAAGAUAUGCCAGCGUACCGUGUGUUCCAAAUGCUAUACCAAAAUGCGCAUUCCCUCGGAACAUUUUCGCAAUGUUCCUUUGGUUUUAAUAUCACCCUCAUUACUAUCAAGUCCCGCUGGUUCGAGCACCCCCUCACCAUCACAUCAUGCCCGUUAUAUGCACUCCUCAUCGACGGGCAAUAUCUUAGAUGAAACCUUUCCCAAGUCUUUGAUUGAAAGGCUAAUGGGUUCAGAAGCAGAGCGUAAAGCUCGCAAUUCUGUGGGCAGUGCUCCAUCAUCUCCAAAACACCAAAGAUCUAACAUGAGUACCCCCGGUAUUAUGGCUGUAGGUGGCAGUGGUGGCAAUGUUGAUGUUGCUGCUGCAGGUCAGGCAGUUGAGGCUAUACACGAUACAUCAUCCACAAUGACCACUUCCUAUACGGCUGGUACCACCACCUCAUAUAACACACAUCAGCAUUCACAUCCUCACCAUCAUCCUGCACAUCAGCAGCAGCACAAUAUGCAACAAACCACCUAUCAUCCCCAGCAUCAUUAUGCUUCCAUGGCCAUUGCCAAUGGUAUUCAAUACCACCAUGGCAGCGGUAAGGAGAAUCAUGCCACCAACAACCGACAUUUUAGCAUUAUGUCGCGCAGCAUGGAGGGACCCCGCAGUUUGCCAGUGCAUAGUCCAGCAUCCAGGCCACACUCGAACAGCAGCACAUUGGAUCGAAAAAGUAAAUUUUCCCGAGCCUAUACUCUGUCGUCAUCGGGCACCCAACUCAGCCAGGAUCAGAAAGAUAACAUACGCGGUGAAUUGGUACCGGUGUGCAAUGAUUGUCGUGGUCUAGUUAUGGAAAUAUCCAGAUCGGCCAAACAAAAACGAUCUUCAGCCCGCAAUAGGGCCAUUAAGAAUCUCACCCUUGACUUAUCGCCUGUAUGGAAAUGAAGAGGCACUCACACACACACACACACGAAUGCUUUGUGUUUAACUGCAAAUUGAUUGGAAGUUUAAUGAAUGAAAAAAAAGGCCACUGCAUUUGUAAAUGAGAGAGAUAAGAUAACAUCACAACACAUACACACACACACAUACAAAUGGCGCUUUCAACAAAUGUUCUCAUCAUAAUAAACUAUGAGUUAUGAAAAGUUAUGAAAGAGAAGAAAAAUAAGAAGAAGUAGAAGUAGCGACCAACAACAGUUAAAGGUGAACUGAAAUGAAGACUACAAGAAGCAGAAUUUCAAAGGACUAUGAAAAUAAGGAAAUUGCAACUUUUUUAUGUUAAAGGAAAAAACCAAAAAUUAUAUAUUCCCGCCCCCGCCCAAUGACCCCUUAGACCCACACUUGUAAUUGUUGAAUGUGUUGAUAUUUGUAAAUGUAUAUGGCAAAACCAAGACCACCAACUCAUCACCAGAGUUGAUAUCUUUGGGAUGAUGUACCAUACUCCCUAUAUAUACCCAUAAAUGUAUUGAAAAUACCCAGGCUUUAUUAAAUAACAACAAGAAAAAGCAUUGUUAGAUGUUUUUAUAAGAAUGAUAUUGGAAAAACUUAUGACCACAAGAUUUUCAUCUUAAAGUUUUUAAGUCAAAAUAUCACAAAUUAGUUUUGUCUAAUGGUUCGUUAUGCUUUAUUUACUAUCCACACCCACCUCAAAAAAGAGGUUAUCGUUUGUAUUUUGUUUGCCUCUAACUCGUAGACAUGAAGAGAAUCAAAAGUUUUAUGUUACUGUUUUUUUGUUUUUAAAUUAUAAAAAAAUUUCAAAUUUUCAAAGUUACGCACAUUUAGAAAAAAAAGAAAAAUCUUACCAACUAAACUGCAUUUUGAGUUACUAUUAAGUUAUCCUGUGUGUGUGUAAAUCAAUAAUUGUUUAAGUAUUCUUCAUAUGGACAUUUCGUUAUUUCAUUUGGUACUACCCAUUGCAGCAAGCCCGCAAUUCGAUUUUCGCAACCUUUGAGUUGGCUAAAUUUGUGUUCUUCUACCAAAAAUGUUCGUUAAAUUUGUUUUCGUUUUUACAACUAACUCUUAUCUCUUUGUAUAUGUGUAUACGAUAGCAGCAGCAUUAGCAACAGCUUAAAUUUAAUUUGAUAUAAACUUCUGUUUUGACGUUAUUUUUGUAUUUAUAUAAAUAUGCUAAUGUUUAUUUUUUUUAUUAUUCAAUAGAAUUUUCGUUUAGAGACUUAACUUUAGUAUUUGUUUCCCAAACUAAAACUGUACGCAAUUAAUUUUUUUUAAGUUUUAUACCUAAAAGAAAUGAUAUAUGCUAUAUUUAUUCUAUUUUUUACUAUUACAUUAUUAGGUAUAUAUAAAUAUAUUUAAACAAGAAGAAAAAGAACAACAAAAAUAUAUAUUAUAACUAAACAAGCAUAAAAUUUCUUAUAAUGUCCUGUCUCCUUUUCCUUAUAUUUUUCGCCCCCCUCCCCCAUCCCCAAUUCAAAUAUAUAGGUAACUAGUUGGCCGUUUAAGUGCAAACGUUUCGUAAAUAA